AUGGGUGUGACGGGUGCAAUACUGGACGCGAACCGGUUUCAUCAUCCGCAUCCUCCUCACACAACUUACACUGAGACUAUCGUAGCACUAAAACAACUUCCUGGGAAGCGGUGGAGAAGCCAGCCGAGAAAGAGCUCGUCUAUCUCUCGUGAGACAGACAUCAUAGAUCCUCAACGGACUUCGUCUUUUAUCAAUAUAUCUUCACCCCACCCCUCAGAGUCUCCUGUCCCAGGACCUCUGAACUUUAGCACCACCUCGGGUAGCUCAAGUUCUUUGAACAACAUUUCAACGUUCGACUUCACGUCGUUCAACACGGAUCACCAUCAGCAAACAUGGCUCCCUACACCCCCGCCCCCGCAGCCUACGGCUCAGAAUCUGAAUUCCAACAACGACAACAGUGCCAACUCCCUACAGGAGGACUUUGUGCUAUAUCCCUCCCAGCAUCCCAGGGACUCUCGUGCGCCAGCACCCUUGAGUACAACCCCUAGAUAUCCUGCCUAUCAUCCAUCUCUGGUCCGUCUUGGGCACCUUUCUCGACGACACACUCUCAGUUUGCAGCAGCAACUUCAGCAGCAGCAGCUCUCAGCCUCGCCAGUACAGGUUCCCCGCUUGACCAGAUUUGCUUCGCAGUCUACCGGGUUCCCUCUGUCUUCGUCUCAUCGGUUUAGUCCCUCCACUAGGAAGCACCUCUUGCGUCUUCACGCAGCGUCCGUUGCUUCGAACUCUCCACCUGCAGUUCUGAAUUCUGCGUAUCCCAAUCGCCCGCCCGUUCCCCUAUUCAACAGUCCCGCCAACUCCACCUAUCAGAAACGCCAACAAAUCCCGAUAAAUCACCGUCGUAUAAUGUCUACUCCCAACAUUGCUCAAGAUCUCCCCGAUCUCUUCGAUCUUCACGCUGAUCGCUUCGGGGACGAUUUGAUUCCCACUACGGAGUCCACUAUGCUCUCCCCUCAGCAGAUGACCGCCGGCGUCAUGGCAGGUCCCGAUUCUCUGGCAGAUCUGCCAUCUGGCACGAUCUCUCCCAAGGAUCUGUUCAUGGAUGCCUCUGCUCCUCCAUCGGCCUCUUUCACUGAUUUGAGCACUCCCUCAUUCGAGUCCCCAGGGUACUUCAGCCAAGACACUUCCCCCAUGUUCGCUACGGACAUCGAACUAGGCCCUGGCGUUGAGGAGUGGGGUUCUCUUUUCCCCUCCCAGGACGAUUUCUCCUUGGGUCUUGACACCACUACCCUUGACAUUGCUGCGGCUCUAUCGCAGCCCAAGGCCAAGGCUGAUGUCACCCCAGCAUCUCCUAUGAUCCGUACCACAUCGUCCCGUGCUACAUCUCCCUCCACUCGCUCAGUCACCAAGCCCUCUACUGUGGCUGGUGUGAACGCGCGUCAAAGGAAGCCUCUGCCUCCGAUCAAGUUUGAUUCUCAUGACCCAGUGGCCAUGAAGCGUGCUCGCAAUACCGAGGCGGCUCGUAAGUCUCGCGCCCGUAAGCUUGAGCGUCAGGAAGAGAUGCAGCGCCGGAUUGAUGAGUUGGAGAAGUCGCUCGAAGAGGCUCAACGUCGUGAGCAAUACUGGAAGGCCCUUGCUCAGAACAAGGCCUAA